UGAGACCUCAAUUUGCUUGUGAUGAUUUGAGUUUGUUGAACUUUGUUCUUCGUAGGCUCCUUGCAAUGGUUUCUGUGGAUAAGGGCAGGGAUGACUGCCUGGCUUCUCAUCAACGUCUCUCUGGCGGCCAAGCAGUUUGAGCUCAGGGGCUCUCUCUCGCUGGCCAUGAAGCUCUACCAAGUUUUCACAGGGGUCUACAUAGUUGACUAUCUUUGGUUUGAGGAGCUCAUGACGACAACGUGGGAUAUAAUUGCUGAGCGUUUUGGGUACAUGCUUAUCUUUGGGGACCUUGUUUUCAUUCCAUUUGUCUUCACAGUUCAGCUUUGGGUGAAGGACACAGUGAAGACGGCGAACACGAUCGUGAAGUUCAUGAGGAACCAUCACGCCACGCACGGUCUCAUGAUGUCCUUCAAUGACUCGUUGUCAUUGUUGCGCCCGACAGAGGUCCGGUUCGGGUCGGUGUACCAGAUGCUACAGAGGCUGGCGGACACGGAGAAAGUGUUGAAUGAGAUGGUGGACGGAGGUUGUGCAACAAAGUGGCGGGCAUUGAGAUGGUCGGGAGAGAAGCUGCAGAAAAAAGCCCACCUUGUCUACUACACUUUGAGGUCAGAUAGUUGGUGGGUCAUAGUCAGGAAAAUUGUGGCAAGGAUGGACAGGGAAGGAGUUUCUCCCACCAACCUUGCGGAGUUUGACGAUCUCAUUGCAAGGAAAUUAGCAAAAGUCGUACUCACGAAGAAGGAGAGGGAGGAUGUGAUGGACAAGGUCAAAGACCGCGUGCAGAUGAUGCGGCAGCCGGUUCAUGCAGCUGCGUUUUUGUUGGAUCCACGGAGGAGAGAUUCAGGUUGGCUCAACGAUCCGGACAGCGCCCUCGUGCAAAACGCAAUGCGCUUCUUCUGCAGGCAGAUCGGAGCGGAGUGGGAUUUGAAGCUGCACAUGGACAUGUGGGAUCAUCUGUACGAGUUUUUGAGAGAGCCUGUGGAAGGGGAAGUCAGGAUAGAUGAACACAUGUGGACACCAGUUGCCAUCAAGCAAGCAAUGCGAUGUACGCCUGCGGACUGGUGGACCUUGUACGGUGGGGAUGUUCCACAUUUGCAGCAGAUCGCCAUCAACGUGUUGGGAAUGUGGAGCACGGCGACAUCCGCGGAGCAGAACUGGGCGUCGAUGGACUUCGUCCAUUCAAAGCGCAGAAACAGUCUCUCGCCAGAGUCCUUGGAGGAGCUGGUUUACAUUCACUGGAACAUGCAGUUGCUGCGUGUUCCAAAUAGCAAGGACAAUGACUAUGUCGAUGUGUGGGGAUCCUUCUUCGAGCCGUUGAUGGAGCCGGCAGCGGAAGAUGGGGCUGUCGAGGACGCCACAGAGGAUGAGACAGCGGACAAUAUCGAGGAGGAAAAGAGGCAAAAGAGACUGAAGAAGACUCCAAAAGACCGAAUUCCGAAGAGCCUGCUGGAUGACGACUCAAGUGGGAGCAGCGAUCUUGAGGAUCUCGUGUGGAAGGGGAAGUGUUGGAACGAGUCCACUUCCGAGGAGAGUGACGGUGAGGAUGGCAUUGGGGAGGACUCGGAUUUCAAGUUGGGGGGCAAGUCGGCGACGAGGAGGAAGCAGCUCGGGCCAAGGCUAUGGCAGAUAGGGAUGCCGCUUUGGUUCCGGAUGUGUGAGGAGGAGGCUCGCCGUGCUGCUGUCCCCACCCGGAAGGAGAGAGAGAGACAAAGCAAACAGGUCAGCCAACAUGAGGAGCAGCAUAGUGAUGAAAUUGACGAAAGGGUGGACACCAUGGAGGUAAAUGAGGCUGCCGUGCGUGCAGAACAUGAAGGGAGUUUGCAGCAUGCGGGAGUGGAUAUUGAAGCACUUGGAGAAAAAAAAGUGCAGCAAGAAGGAGAGAAAAGUUUGCCGCGAGAGGGGGGUGAUAUGAAGGAGGAUGUGGAAGAAACUCAGCAGCAAGACGGAGAGGAACUGCAGCAACCAGCACCACCAACAGUUUACGCACGAAGACCCCGCCCACCGGCACUGCAGCAGCCUGCACCGCAAGAGCCGCAGGAGGACCAGCAGGCUGUGGCUGCGGAGCAGCGAGAAAAACUCGGAUCAACGGUGAGAGGAGCAGCGGUCCACUCCGGCAGACCCCCGUACCCAGCACAGACUGACGAUGCCCAACACAACAACAUCUGGAAAAGCAGGGCGGGCCGAAAGAGGAAGGCUCCGGCAUGGUGGUUGCUGCAGCAUGAUGUGGAGCUGGGACUCGCUCAUGCUGUUAUCAGUGUUGUCAUCUUCAUUGUUGGAUUCAUUAUCUUUCGUGGGACAAAUCUACAGAAACAUAGGUUUAAGCAGGACCCAAAGGCUUUGAUUUGGGGAAAGCCACCACAUGUCAUUGGUGGGAAGCUAUUGGCUUCUGGAUUUUGGGGGACGGCAAGGCACUUGAAUUAUCUUGGUGACUUACUUCUUGCGGUCUCAUUCAGCUUGCCAUGCGGAUUCAGCUCUAUAAUUCCGUAUAUGUACCCAAUCUAUCUCUUCAUUCUCCUGAUUUCAAGGGAUCUGCGCGACGAAAAGAAGUGCCAAGCCAAGUACAAAGACGUCUGGGAGGAGUAUUGCGCUGCGGUUCCGUGGCGGAUCUUUCCGUACAUUUAUUGACGUGCAGUGCAAUUCGUUGCAAAGUUGCAAACAGCAGAUGUGAUUACAAUUCGUGCGUGGUUGGGGAGUCGGCGCUGUAAUUGCACGUUAUCGGGCGGCGGUGUAACAUGCACGGUAUCGAUCGAAUUCCUUUUCGGCAUCGGAAAUAUUGCUGGGGUGUCAGGCAAGUGCAGUUCAUUGAGCUGUGCCAGCUCAGGAGUUGGUUAAUGAUUGAGCUGUACGUCCGUGCUGGUUAAACCAGGUUUAAUAGCCAGCCCCUGGUUAAACCAGGUUUAACAGCCAGUCAGCUGGUUAAACCGGGUUUAACGGCCAGCCAGGACGGCAGCCUGGUCAUCCUGGGCUGGCUGGUUAAACCUGGUACAGUGCAUGACACCCUUCUGUGGACAGCUCAUUGAGCUGGUUAAACCUGGUGCAGAUCCCUAAACCCUGCAACUCUAAACUCUAAACCAUUGAGCUGUACCAGGUCCAUGUCAGGCAAGUGCAGUUCAUUGAGCUGCACCAGGUCCGUCCUGGCUGGCUGGUUAAACCACCAGUGCACGACACCUUUCUGUGUGGAUGUCUUUGAGAGUUCUUCGAUCCUAAAUUAAUUUAAUCUGGUGCAGGCGGGCACGCUCAUCCAAAGCUCGGCUGCCCGCUGCUUAGCCGGCGGAUCGUCAGGAUGUACCGGCGCUUUGGUACGCAACACACACGUACAGCUGCAGAUAAGCCGUCUGGUUCCACCGUGAGCGUCCAUUUGUUUUGAGCCUCUAUCCAGACCCCAUUUCCACCCCUCUCUUGUGCACGAAUAGAAAAGCAUUUCAGUGAGCAGAAAUUAUACAAGCACACACACACACACACACACACACACACACACACACACACACACACACACACACACACACACACACACACACACACACACACACACACACACACACACACAGAGAGAGAGAGAGAGAGAGAGAGAGAGAGAGAGAGAGAGAGAGAGAGAGAGAGAUUUUCCAAACAGAGUGUGUUGUUGUGGCCACCAUCUUGUUGUGUGUCGAGCAGGGACACGAGUGUAAAAUGCCAGAUUGUGUAUCAGAAAUGGAGCAGCAUAUUGGUACCUGGAGCUGUUGCAUGUGUAUAGGUAGUUAAGUGGAGAUGGCUUCAGUAGAUGUAUAGCCUUGCAGUUGGUCAGUCUUGUCAGUUGGCUGCUAUCCCUGUGCUUGGCAGGCGUGCAAUGAGGGCAUUGAGGGGUGUAUUCCAAAGCCACUUACUUAUCCAUAGCUUAAAGAACACACUAUAUGGUUUAGACUCUAGAGUUUAGGGUUGCAGAGUUUAGGGUUUAAGGUUUUAGGGUUUAAGGUUUUAGGGUUUAAGGUUUAGGGUUUAAGGUUUUCGGGUUUAAGGUUUUCGGGUUUAAGGUUUUCGGGUUCAAGGUUUAAGGUUUAACGCUUAGGUUCGCAGGAUUUAGAUUUCAGGGUUUAACGUUUAGGGUUUAGGGGUUAGGGUUUUAAGGCUUAUCGUUUAGAGUUGCAGGGCUUAGGAUUUAGCCCUCAGGGCUUAGGGUUUAGGGUUUAGGAUUUAUGAUUGCAGGGAUUAGGGCUCAGAUUUUAUGGUUGCAGGGUUUAGGGGGGUAGUGUUUAGGAUUUAUGAUUGGAGGGCUUAGGGUUCAGAUUUUAUGUUUGCAGGAUUUAGGGGGGUAGUGUUUAGGCCCUUUAGGGAUAUGCAGGGUUUUAGGAUUCAGGGUUUAGGGUUUAGGAUUAAGGGGGUAUCAGGUUUAGGGGGUUAUAACUUUACACAACUUGACAGAGGAUUGUUUGGUCCUUUCAGUCACAAUAAAUAAUAAAUAAAUCUUAGAGUAAUUCAUGCAAAGUAGGGAUGCACAGUUUAUAAUCUGCCCAAGAUUGACUGGGAUUAGAUAGAAAUUAGGAGGAUGGGGCAUUGUAUAUUCCUGUAAUUUUCAUUCAGUAUGAUGAACUUCAAAUCAAGCCAAAAAUGGCAG